AUGAAGAUAUCGGUGAUAUCAGGAGGUACUGCUACCAAUGAGUUGGUUCAAUUAUUUGAAUCGAUCACUCCUAAUGUUAGUUAUAUCUUACCAAUUAGUGAUAAUGGAGGAUCGACAUCGGAACUCAUAAGAGUCAUUGGAGGGCCAGCUAUUGGUGACAUUAGAUCACGGUUAACAAGGUUAAUACCCUUGGAACAGAAACCAUUACAGAAACUUUUAAGCUUUAGAUUAUCAUCAGAUUCUCGUCAAGCCAAACAAGAAUGGAAUGAAAUCAUAGAAGGAACUCAUCCCUUAUGGAAACCAAUACCUGUCAGUACACGAGAAGUGUUACGGUCAUUUUUAAUUCAUAUUAACGUUGAACUACUCAAACGGUCCAAACAUCUGUUUGCAAUGCCUGCUCCUACUGGGAAGGAGUUUAGGUAUGAGUUGGCCAACGUGGGUAAUUUGUUCUUGACUGGGAUUAGAUUAUUUGUUGGGUCAUUAGAUUCAGCAAUAGAGUUAUUUGCCCGAGUGACCAGUAUUAAUCCUAAGAUAGAAGUCUUGCCCUGCAUUAAUACCAAUUUCCCUUAUCAUAUUAGUGCGUUGCUAGAAAAUGGAUUGAUUAUUACUGGUCAAUCUCAGAUCUCUCAUCCAGCUACAGCAGUUGCUGUAAAUACCAGUCCUAGUACUAGUAGUAAACACACUGAUAUUAUUUCUAGAUCAACUUUAGACGUGUAUCCUCCACCUAUAAGUCAAACCAGAGAAACAACACCUCAUGAUGACGAGUCAAGAACUGCAUAUUUUGGAGUCCCUAUUAUUGGAACUCAACCUCAUGAAACACCAGUUGUUGUUAAUGAAGUGGCAACUUGUAACAGAAGAUCAAGCAUACUUCAUGAUGACGAAAAUCAUGAAGUUCAUGAAGAAGAUGAAGUGGGUAACAUUCCUCAAUAUACCCAUCCUGAUUUAAGAAUAUCACAGCUUCAUUUCAAUAAGCAUGAGAUUGAACCACUUUUGUCUCCUAUUCAAAGGAUCUUUUAUGUUUCGCCUUAUGGACAAGAGAUUCGGCCCAUAGCCAAUUAUCGAGUGACUCAAUGUUUGAACCAAUCAGAUAUGAUUGUGUAUUCCAUUGGGAGUUUAAUGACCAGUAUUAUCCCGGUGAUAAUACUUCGUGGGAUAGGAAGAGCCAUUAUAUCCGGGUCUCACAAAAAGAGAGUCCUUCUAUUGAAUGGAUGUCAUGAUAGAGAGACUUUGAAUAUGGAUGCUUAUGAUUUUGUUAAGGUAAUAGUUGAACUGGCAUUGUACUCAUUAUCUGAUAACGACAAUGAGCACAAUUAUGGCGAACAACAUAAGAAUAUCCCAUGGAAUCGAAUUGUCACUCAUUUGGUGUUUAUGGAAUCACCAAAGAUCCAUGUUGAUGUUGAACGAAUUGAAAGUAAAGGCAUUCAAUGUGUCAAGGUUACUAAGCAAAAAGAGUUAGAUUAUUAUGAUACCAAUGAUUUGGAAAGAGCAUUAAAAGAUAUUAUAUAG